GUUAGCGAGAGCGGGAUCGGGUGAGCUGAAAGCCGGCGCCAUGGUGGAGAAGGAGGAGGUCAGCGGCGGCGGCGGCGGCAUCAGCGAGGAGGAGGCAGCGCAGUAUGACCGACAGAUCCGCCUGUGGGGACUGGAGGCUCAGAAGCGGCUUCGAGCUUCUCGGGUACUGAUUGUCGGCAUGAAAGGACUUGGGGCUGAAAUCGCCAAGAACCUUAUCCUGGCAGGAGUGAAAGGGCUCACCAUGCUGGACCAUGAACAGGUAUCUCCAGAAGACCUUGGAGCUCAGUUCUUGAUUCGAACUGGGUCUGUGGGCCAAAACAGGGCCGAGGCCUCUUUGGAACGAGCCCAGAAUCUCAACCCCAUGGUGGAUGUAAAGGUGGACACUGAGGAUAUAGAGAAGAAGCCAGAGUCCUUCUUCACAGAGUUUGAUGCGGUGUGCCUGACUUGCUGCUCCAAAGAUGUCAUCAUUAAAGUCGACCAGAUCUGUCACAGAAAUAGCAUCAAGUUCUUCACAGGAGAUGUCUUUGGGUACCAUGGGUACACCUUUGCAAAUCUUGGAGAGCAUGAAUUUGUAGAAGAGAAAACCAAAGUUACCAAAGUCAGCCAAGGAGUGGAAGAUGGACCUGAUGCCAAGAGAGCAAAGCUUGACUCAUCGGAGACCACCAUGGUCAAAAAGAAAGUGCUUUUCUGCCCUGUAAAGGAAGCGCUAGCAGUGGACUGGAGUGGAGAGAAAGCCCAGGCUGCCCUGAAGCGCACUGCCCCAGACUACUUUCUGCUGCAAGUGUUGCUGAAGUUCCGCACGGAUAAAGGGAGAGACCCUACUUCUGACAGCUACAGCGAGGAUGCCGAGCUGCUGCUGCAGAUACGCAAUGACGUGUUUGACUCGCUGGGCGUCAGUCCUGACCUGCUUCCCGAUGACUUUGUCAGGUACUGCUUCUCUGAGAUGGCCCCAGUAUGUGCUGUGGUUGGAGGAAUCUUGGCACAGGAAAUUGUGAAGGCCCUGUCUCAAAGGGACCCUCCUCACAACAACUUCUUCUUCUUCGAUGGCAUGAAGGGGAGUGGAAUUGUGGAGUGCCUUGGUCCCCAGUGAGCCUGAGGUGUGUGCAACGCCACUGAGUCACCUAUCCUCUCUAUGAAGGCAUGUCUGGAUCGUUUUUUUCUAGAGCAAGAAGACGAGGUUUCAUCCCAAGUUUGUCCUAGCAGCUAUCGGGGACCUGCUGGCUCCCGCGUGUGAUAGUCACAAGGCUCCCCUCUGGCACUGGGGACUGACAACACCUGGGAAGAGCAUCAUGCUUCGUGGUGUCAGAGUUUCUUCUCACCCUUUGGACUUCUUUCUAUAGGUCAACAGAGAGGAGCAGGACAUGGGUGGGGACCCCAGGCCCAGAGACUCUGAAACCCAAUGGAUUAUACUUCUGCCUGGAGAACUGAGAGCAGCCCUCUUCUUGGCCCUUCCUCAGUCUGUAUCCUGGGUUUUGUAAGGGACGCACCCAGUUGUCAUGUCUUUUGGUUGUCAGCCUUUAAUGACCAAGCUGUCUUUUCACCCCAAACAGUUUAUUUCUAAAAGGUAGAUUUAAUGCUAGGGGCCGUUAUGCAGCUUGUAAUCCUAGAAAUUGGGAUGCCAGGGCAGGAGGGUUGCUGUAAAUCAAGGCCAACAGGUCUAUAAAAUGUACCGAGAACCCCUCUCAGAAUAUAAUCAAAGACAUAUUCCAGAGUUAGGGUGGGCCACUAUCACCAUGUCCCCCAGUUCCUCAUAUUGGGAGCCAGGUCCUCUGAGGGGAGGGCCGAGUUGGCUUGGUCUUCCUUCUAGGGUAUGGGGGCAACGCGUCUAGAUUGUAGAUUCCCUUGGUUGUUCAUAAGGAAUGAUAAUAAAGUGCAUCCUCUCAAGCUU